UGGUACGAAAUCGCCGCGGAGAAGGGUAACGCCGAGGCUCAGGACCAUCUCGGGGCGCUCUACCGCGACGGCGCCGGCGUGCCGCGUGACGCGAAGAAAGCGGUUGCGCUGUUUACGAAAGCCGCCGAGCAGGGUCUCAGCUGCGCCAUGUGGAGAGUGGGGUAUUGCUACCAGUACGGCAGCGGCGUGGAAGAGGAUUCUGAGAUGGCGGUAUCGUGGUAUCGUAAAUCGGCGGAAGAUGGCGACCCCAACGCUCAGCUUCGACUUGGGCGCUGCUACUACUACGGCGAGGGAGUGACGCGGGACGUGCACACCGCGGUCGAGUGGUGGCUCAAAGCGGCG